AUGGCACCGCAGCUGCUGAAGGAUCUCUCCACCAAUUCCCGAAAAUGGAUCAUUCAAACUCGGGUCUCUCGGAAGUGGAUAGCUACAAACUGCAACACUGGAAAGCUUUUGCAUAUGGACUUGGUCCUCAUCGAUUCAGAGGGGUCAGAUAUUUGGGCUAUGAUUCCUCCAUUUCUGAUUCCAAAGUUUGAAUCGACUCUGAAAGAGCAAGAGGUCUAUGAGAUUAGACAUUUCAAGGUUGCUCUUACGAAGAACACAUUCAGGCCAGUACCCAAUCGUUUGAUGUUGGAGUUUGAUUCAGCAACUUUGGUCCAACAUUUGAAAAAAGAAUUUAUCGGAUGUGGUUGGCCAAUUGAUACCACACUCAAAUUGAUUGAAGGUGAGAUGGUAAGGGUGACUUUAUGGGGAAGUAUUGGCAACCAAGUAGAUGACAUUGUCUUCCACAGUGAAGAUCGACCAGUGAUUCUCACUGUUACCUCUGCUUUUGUUGACGAAUAUAAAGGGGAGCUUUGUCUAUCGUCCAAAGGGGCUACAGUUUUGAAGGCAAAUCUGGAUAUACCAGAAGUGCAGAAGUUUAAUUUGGGGGAUGGCAGGUUGAAUGCACUUGUCCUACUUGCUGAGGAACCAGCUCCUGAGGUUCAAGAAAUUUCCAUAGCUCAGCUGAAUGAAUUCAAAACUACGGAAGAGAAGAUUGAUCAAGUGUUUGCUAUUGAAGGUCAAGUCAUUCAAGUACGAUCCAAUUGGUUUUACAUGGGCUGUGUUGGCUGCCCUCGCAAAGUGGAAGAGGAUUUGGAUGAGUAUUUUUGCGGACACUGCAACACCACCCCUAAAAGUGCAGCUGCCAAGUAUAGAGUGAAGCUUCAACUGCAGGAUGAUUUUGGUGAUGCUGACUUUGCAAUUUUAGAGCGUGAAGGACUGCGUUUCUUUGGUGUUAUGGCUGAUGUUUUAUUCCAAGGAAAUCAGAGGAAGAAGGAACCAAUUCCCCGGCAAAUUGAGCAAGUUGUUAGCAUGAAAUUGAAAGUGCAUGUUAAGCUAACCCAAUUCAACUUCAUCAACCCUCAAGUCGAGUAUACUGUGGCUUGCAUAGAACAUGAUCCUCUUGCGCAAAUCAGUGAGGAGUCACUUGCAUCCCAAACUUCAUUUCCUGCCAACGGCCAGGAAAUUAGCUCUGAUUUGGUUGAAGCAAACUUAGAGGAUAGCUCUGCAAGUUCUGAAGCUACCGAAGGGAAUAACUUCAAGAGGCAGAAGAAGGCCCAAGUGGUUGAUUCUGAUGAGGAAGAGAAGUAG